UUUUUUUAAAAGGUUGUGUGUGUAGCGAUUAUAUAUCUAAAAUCUCUAGACAGCAGAAAUCAGAAGAAAAAAAAAUUAAAAUAGAAGAAGGAGAAGAGAAAAAAAAACCCUUGACCCUCCUUCCCUUUUUUCUUCCCUUUUGCCCUAAUUCCAGGACCAGGAGUCUCAGAAGUCAGAACCCCAAAAUCAAAAUCGAUCAACAGGAGAAAACAAACUCCAUUGUUUUGCCAAACCCAGAUCAAAUUACCACUCUUUUCUUUUACCCCAAAUUUAUAACUCCAAUUUAUUUCCCCCCCUUCUCUCUGUCUUUGAUUCUCUCUCUCAUCGACCAACACUGCAGUAAUCCAGAGAGAGAGAUAGAGAGAGAAAACAAGAAGAAGGGAGAGAUGUGAAAAAAAAGAGAUGGUUAUUAGGAGCUUCAAUCUGCUAUGCCUCUCUUCUCCCAAACCCAAACCCAACCCCAACCCCAAGCCCAAACCCAAACCCCAACUUUCUCUCUCUACCACUCCGCAGCAUCGACUUUCUCUCUCCACUCCCCUCGCUUGACUCCCCAAUGCAACCCCAGGUUGAUCUCCGAUGCGACCCCGCCGUACCCAAUCCCCAACCCCCCGAUCUCCCUGCCGCGUCAACCCCUCCCUCGGCUCCGAUCCACGAAAACAAUCACAAAAUCAACGGCAACAACAACAGCAACAGUGUGGUAGUGAGGAGAGAGAGGCCGUCGCGGGCGUGCACGGCCCGGGCGGCGGCCAGGCUGAGUGCGGUGGCGGCGGUGGAGGCGGCGGUGGAGCGGAGACCGAAGGCGACUCCGAAGAAGGAGCGGUUUCUGCGGCGGGAGGAGGUGGUGGAAGUGGAGGAGGAGCAGGAGCAACCGUCGCCGCUGCAGCCGCAGUACAAGAUCGUUACCCCGCUGGUGGGUGACCCGCCGCUGUCGCAGUUGCCGCGGUGGAGCCUCCGGUCCAUGUCGGAGUUGGCCUCCAUUCUUAAUUUCUUGAAUGUUUUUAGGCCCCUUUUGAAUGUCAAAGUGGAAUUCUCAGCGGAGGAGUUUGAGACGGCUUUGAUUACGCCGAACAACACUUUGGCUGCUGUACAUAUACCUUUACUGAAGGCCAUCCCUCCAAUAACCCGAAUGGCUCUUGGACAUAAUACCUGGAUUACUGUUCUAUGCCGAAAGUUGAGAGAUUGGUGGCAUUGGGUUGCAGAAGGGGAGCUGCCAAUAGUCGCAUCACAUGGGGCCGAGGUUGAAGCAUAUAAUGUACUUGAUCCUGGGGUUCGUGUAGCGAUUUUGAAAGCCUUAUGUGAUAUUCGUGUUGAGCAAGAAGACAUUCGGAACUAUAUCGACAACUCAAUCAAACACGGGGUUCACCUUUCGGCAUUCCGCAAGGAACGCAUUGGGGGUGAUUCUUAUGGAAUUUCAUAUUGGUAUGAAGAUGAUCCCAUGAUUGGUCAUCGAUUGUACCGAGAGAUUAGAAAAGUGGAGGUGAAGAAAGCAAAAGGGAAGAAUGUACAGCCAAUUCCUAGUUCAUCUUAUCAGUGGGAAACAGUUGCGACCAAUUUAGAUGAAUUUCAAGACGUUUCUGAGAAGCUUUUCUCGAGUAAAAAUAGAACAGAGGCUUCACUUGGGAAGAAGUUAAAGAAUGACAUGCUCCCUGAGAUUGAGAAGGUCCACAAGCGGAAAGAGAAGCUGCUGAAGAAACAGCAUAGAGAAGCUCUUCUUCUUGAUAGUAUGAUAAACGUGGAUGGGGUUGGUCCAGGACGCUCCCUUCGUGAUAGAAAGCCUGUCACCUAUACUUUUGAUGAUUACGACAGAUCGAUCAAUGAGGCUAUCAACAUAACCAAGCGGAAACAGCCAUCUCCAGAACAUACUGUUCGUAGAGAAAUCGCUGCAAAAGCUGAUACGUCUAUAAAUGGUAUUUGGGCCGGUCCGUCCCCAAUUCCUCAUCAAUCCUCUUUUGAUGCACUGUCACCCAAGUCAUCAGACUACGAUGAAACUGAUAUAGACCAUAAAUCUGAUCAAUUGGAUCGCAGUAACCGAAGAAGACAAAGACCUCAGCGGUAUUCAGUAAGAGAGUUUGUCGAAGCAGUUUCAGACCAUGAGGCUGGUUUUGAUAGUGAUGAUGAUAUAGUUGGAGAAGUUGUAUAUGAUGAUGAAUAUUUGAGGCAACGGAAGCAAAAGAGGAAAAUGUCAAGUGGCUCUGAAGGAGAUGAGGAGUAUCAUGGAGAUGAAGAAAAUGCAGAAGACGAUGAUGAAGAAGAAGAAGAAGAAGAAGAUGAUGAUGAUGAUGAUUUUAGUAAUAGCGAUGAUAGUGAUGAGCCACGGAAAAUUAAGAAACUGCCUGCUGGCCGCACUAGGAGGGAAGCUAAAUUAAGGUCAGUUGAUGAGCUCCAAUCAGGUCUAAGGCGUAGUAAAAGGGCCACCAGAAACCGAAUAGAUUAUAAACAGUAUGAAGUCUCAGACUCUGAUGCAGAGGCGGUGAAACCUGAGAAGUCAAAUGCUUCAGAUGAACACACGGAUACUGAAAAUGCGGGAUUUUCAAUGGGAAGUGAUGAUUCUGAGGGCGAAAAUGAUAAUCCGGAGAUGAAAGUUGAUCAACCUGUAGAAGAGCAACCAGAGGCAGUAGAGAAAGAGCAAAACCAACCACCUGAGAAAUCGGACAGUCCAGGUGAAGAUGAAAGCGGUGGUGUGAGAAAACGACGGUUUCUUGACCUAAAUGAGCUUGCCCCUGGUUCCGGUUUUGAAGAUGGUCCAAAUACAAUAAUGAAAGACGAAGAUGCCGAUGGUUUCUAAGUUCUAAAGCUCCCUUGUCCACAUGAUGGUUGCAGUUUUCUCUUGGAAAAGGUGGUUGUACUAUAGAUAAUUUAUAAAUUUUGCUGCUAACCCAUGAAGCUAUGACGAGAGUUACUGCCAUGGUGUAAUUCAAGCAGCUACCGAGAUGCGGUUUCUUUGUUAUUCCAGCUGUGAUGCUUGGAAUGUUAUGUAGAUUGAGUAGUCAAUUUUUUAGCUUGCCUACAACCAAAGAAACCUACGGAAAAUCAAUGGCACUUGUUGGGAGUCCUUAUUUAGUCAGUGUACUAUAUAACCGCUUCUCUCAUAUUUGUAACCGGUAUUUUUUAGAUUAGAUUUUCAAGCCCCACUGUGUUCUGUUCCGUGGUCAUGAGAAUGGUCUGCUGCUGUGCAUCUGGGCUGGUUGGGUCUGUUGGUGUCGGCAUAUUUUGAAACUGAUUUCCUUCUUCUAAUGGAACCAGUCUCCCUCUAAAGGUAA